AUGCAAAAUCUUCCGCUUCGGCCAGGACCCGCCACCACGUCUCCGCCCCCAGACAUCGAAAUUUGGAAAGCCGUCCCCUCAGACGUGACCCCCAUGGCCGACCUCUUCCUGGACAAGUACGGCGGAGACAAAGCCACCCGGCUCAUGUACACCACAAGCGAAGUCUGGCCCACCAUCCUCGACACCAUCGAGAGCUACAUCGACUUCGAGAGGGAAGUCCGGUUCAUGAUCGCCAUGGACAUCGACACGCGCAUCCCCGUCGGUUUGAUCUCCGUGGGCGUCGUCCCCGAUGGCGUCCACGUGGACGACUACACGGGCAGCGAACUCUCCGUGUACGCGAACUGGGCGAUGCGGGCCGAGCGAGCCAGCGCCAGAGGCGAGGAUCCACGGCGUUUGACCGACGCGAGGCUAGGGCUGUCGGACGUGGUCGACAAUCGCUCCCGUGCGGGCCAGGAUCGAUACAUCGGUCGCUCACAUCUGGUUCUCAACACCUUUGCCGCUGAUCUCGAAGGCUCUACCGGGCAAAUCUACCAAAGCCUGUUGACAUGGGCCAUCAACUUUGCUCAGAUACGUAACUGGCCGAUCUGGGCGCAGUUUCCCGCAAGGCACGUCGGCCCUUUGGUACGUGCGGGGUUCGUGAGAGUCGGGGGCUUCAGCUUGGACUUGGACGAGUUUGCGCCUCGUCGUGCUGGUUUGGGGGUGGAGGAGUAUGUGCAGAUGGUGUAUCGGAAUCCUAGAGGGAGGAGUAAUGUUCGGAUGGAAGAUCUGCGGGGCCAUCGAAGUGGGAGAGGACGGAGGGAGAGCUUCUGA